CGAGGGGGCCCCCUGGCCAUGGAGAGGACCCCGGGCCCCCGGGACGCCGCGACCUGGGCUCCGUCUCGGCGCCGCGCGGUGUAGGCACCUGAGUCAUCCGCAGCCCGGCGGGGGAGGGGAAGUGACUGUGUAUCAUGUAUGCCACUGGCUCCAGGGGCCACUCCCCUGCUUUUGUGCAGCCUCAGAACGGAAACAGCCAUCGCUCUUCGGGCUAUGUUCCAGGGAAGGUUGUCCCGCUGCGCCCCCCUCCUCCUCCAAAGAGCCCCGCCGCGGCCAAGUUUACCUCCAUCCGCCAGGAAGCCCGGGCCACCUUUGCCUUCUCCCCCGAAGAACAGCAAGCCCAGAGAGACAGCCGGAAGCAGAAGAGGCACAAAAAUACUUUCAUUUGCUUUGCGAUUACCAGUUUCUCCUUUUUUGUUACACUUGCAGUCAUUUUAGGAAUAUCCUCAAAAUAUGCCCCAGAUGAGAAUUGCCCAGAUCAGAACCCCCGUCUCAGGAACUGGGAUCCAGGACAAGAUUCUGCAAAACAAGUUGUUAUAAAAGAAGGAGAUUUGUUCCGUCUGACCUCAGAUGCCACAGUGUAUUCUAUAGUUAUCGAGGAUGGAGGACUGCUUGUGUUCGGGGAUGACAAAGACAGAAUCAGAAAUAUUACCUUGAGGACUCGAUACAUCCUGAUCAAGGAUGGCGGGGCGCUUCAUAUUGGAGCAGAAAAAUGCCGCUACCAGUCCAGAGCGACAGUCACCUUGUACGGCAAGUCAGACGAAGGGGAAGAGAUGCCAACAUUUGGCAAAAAAUUUAUUGGUGUGGAAGCUGGCGGGACGCUGGAACUGCAUGGGGCGCGGAAGGCGUCGUGGACGUUGCUGGCCAGGACGCUGCCUGCCUCAGGUUUGACCUUCGGGUCUUACGUCUUUGAGAAGGACUUUUCCAGGGGCCUCAACGUGCGGCUCAUCGACCAACACACUGGCAAGGUUUUGGAAAGCCUGAGGUUCGACACUCACGAGUAUCACAAUGAGAGCCGGCGACUUGAAGAAUUUCUCAGAGUCCAGGAUCCCGGACGGAUUGUGGCUAUCGCAGUGGGAGACUCCGCAGCCAAAAGUCUCCUGCAAGGAACCAUCCAGAUGAUCCAGGAGCGCCUGGGCAGUAGGCUGAUCCAGGGCCUGGGCUACAGGCAAGCCUGGGCUUUGGUUGGUGUCAUUGAUGACAAAAUUAUGUCGUCCAUUGAAUCUGUGAGGAACUAUGAAAAUCACAGUAGCGGAGGAAAAGCUCUUGCCCAAAGAGAAUUUUCUACUGUGGAUGGUCAGAAGUUUGCUGUGACAGCAUAUAGUGAGUGGAUUGAAGGAGUUUCUCUUUCAGGAUUCCGGGUAGAGGUUGUAGGUGGAGUGAAACUUCAUUUGCUGGAUGAUGUCAGUAGCUGGAAAGCUGGAGACCAGAUUGUGGUGGCAAGUACCGACUAUUCCAUGUACCAAGCAGAGGAGUUCACGCUUCUCCCCUGUCCUGAGUGCAGCCGGUUCCAGGUCAAAGUCAAAGAAAUCCCUCAGUUCCUGCACAUGGGGGAGAUCAUAGAUGGUGUAGACAUGAGAGCGGAGGUUGGAAUCCUUACUCGGAAUGUUGUGAUUCAAGGAGAAAUGGAAGACUCGUGCUACGCUGAAAACUCGUGUCAGUUCUUUGAUUAUGACACCUUUGGGGGACACGUCAUGAUCAGUAAGAAUUUCACAUCAGUCCAUCUCUCCUAUGUGGAGCUGAAGUACAUGGGCCAGCAGCAGCUGGGACGCUAUCCGGUCCAUUUUCACCUGUGUGGUGAUGUGGAUUCUAAAGGGGGGUACCGACCCGGCACACUGGUGGACGGCCUGUCCAUCCAUCACAGCUUCUCCCGGUGCAUCACGGUGCAUGGCACAAAUGGCUUGCUGAUCAAAGACACCAUUGGCUUUGACACACUGGGCCACUGUUUCUUUUUGGAGGAUGGUAUUGAACAGAGAAAUACUUUGUUUCACAAUCUGGGACUCCUCACCAAGCCGGGCACCCUUCUCCCCACUGAUCGCAAUAUCUCAGUGUGCACCGCUAUGCGAGAGAAAGUAUUCGGGAAUUACGUGCCCGUACCUGCCACCGACUGCAUGGCCGUUUCAACUUUCUGGAUUGCUCAUCCCAACAACAACCUGAUUAAUAAUGCAGCCGCAGGCUCCCAGGAUGCUGGAAUAUGGUAUUUAUUUCACAAGGAAGCUACUGGGGAGUCUAGUGGAUUGCAGCUCUCAGCCAAACCAGAACUCACCCCAUUGGGUAUCUUUUAUAACAACAGGGUCCACUCAAGUUUUAAGGCUGGCUUAUUUAUUGACAAAGGUGUCAAAACAACCAAUGCUAGUGCUGCUGACCCAAGGGAAUACCUCUGUUUGGAUAACAGCGCAAGGUUUCGGCCUCAUCAGGAUGCAGACCCUGAAAAGCCACGUGUUGCUGCUUUAAUUGACAGGCUCAUUGCCUUUAAGAACAAUGACCAUGGAGCGUGGGUCCGAGGCGGAGACGUCGUGGUGCAGAAUUCAGCAUUCGCAGACAAUGGAAUUGGACUGACCUUUGCCAGCGACGGAAGCUUCCCAAGUGAUGAAGGUUCUAGCCAGGAGGUCUCUGAAUCCCUCUUUGUUGGGGAAAGCAGAAAUUACGGCUUCCAGGGUGGCCAGAACAAGUAUGUAGGCAUUGGGGGCAUAGACCAGAAGCCUCGGACAUUACCUAGAAAUAGGACAUUUCCAAUCAGAGGCUUUCAGAUUUAUGAUGGCCCCAUUCAUCUCACCAGAUGCACUUUCAAAAAAUACGUGCCCACUCCAGAUAGGUAUACGAGUGCUAUUGGCUUCCUCAUGAAGAAUUCUUGGCAGAUAACCCCCAGGAAUAACAUUUCCCUCGUGAAGUUUGGUCCACAUGUGUCUCUGAACGUCUUCUUUGGGAAGCCUGGCCCCUGGUUUGAAGACUGUGAGCUGGAUGGUGAUAAGAACUCCAUAUUCCACGACAUCGAUGGCUCCGUGACAGGAUACAAGGACGUGUAUGUGGGACGGAUGGACAACUACCUGAUCCGCCACCCAAGCUGCGUGAACGUGACCAAGUGGAACGCAGUGGUCUGCAGUGGGAGCUAUGCCCAGGUCUAUGUGCAGACCUGGAGUACUCAGAAUCUUUCCAUGACCAUCGUCCGAGAUGAGUAUCCUGCCUACCCCAUGGUGCUCCGUGGCAUUAACCAGAAGGCUACCUUCCCACAGUACCAGCCUGUGAUCAUGCUGGAAAAGGGCUAUACCAUCCACUGGAAUGGACUGGCACCACGAACCGCCUUUCUAUACCUCAUAAAUUUCAAUAAGAAUGAUUGGAUUCGAGUUGGCCUCUGCUACCCAUCCAACACAAGUUUCCAGGUCACUUUUGGCUUUCUGCAGCGGCAAAACGGCUCCUUAUCCAGGAUGGAGGAGUACGAGCCCGUGAGCUCCCUGGAAGAGCUGCAGAGGAAGCAGACGGAGAGGAAAUUCUAUUUUGACUCCGCCACAGGGUUGUUGUUCUUAUAUCUCAAAGCCAAAAGCCACAGGGAAGGCCACAGUUACUGUUCGUCUCAGGGAUGUGAAAGAGUCAGGAUCCAGGCGGUAACGGACUCAAAAGAAAUCAGUAACUGCAUGGCCAGAGCAUAUCCGCAGUAUUACAAGAAGCCAUCAGCACCCAAGCCAAUGCCGUCUAUGCUCCAGGGACACUGCCAGGGCUGUGGGACCCAGCAGAUGGUGUUUACAAGUGAUCCUCAUAAAACCUACCUCCCCGUGCAGUUCCAGUCCCCUAACAAAGCAGAGAUUCAGCGUGGGGACCCAUCUGUUAUCUCUCUGAAUGGCACUGACUUCCCCUUCCGAACUGCUGGUGUCUUCCUCCUCGUUGUGGAUGCCUGCAGUGUUCCCUUCCGGCUGACGGAAAAGAAGGUUUUCUCUCUGGCUGAUGUCAGUCAGCUGGAAGAGUAUCUCAAAACCGGCAUCCCUCCGAGGUCAAUCAUUUUGUUGAGCACAAGAGGAGAAAUAAAGCAUUGGAAUAUUUCAGAUUCUUUAGUACCUCUGGGAUUAGCUAGACCAGCUCAUCUCUAUAACAAAGGGAGCACCAUAUUUCUGGGAUUCAGUGGAAGUUUUAAACCAUCGUGGAUUAAGCUACUUACCAGUCCUGCCGGCCAGGGCCUUGGGCUGCUCGACCAGUUCAUACCAUUGCAGCUGGAUGAAUACGGUUGUCCCCGAACCAGCAAUGUCCCAAGAAGAGACCUGGAGCUGUUAAAGCAAACUACAAAGGCACAUUAGGGACUAGCUGUAACUUAAGUGCUGGGGGGAAAAAUGUGAACUAACUUAUUUAAUUUAUGGCAUUUAAAAAAAAAAUGACACUGUUAACCUAAGGGAACCAUUUUCCUGUCUCGUACAGAAAGGAGGAGAAAAGAGUUUCAAGGGAUUGCUUGAACGCCAGCUCAUGCACCUUCUCAUUGUACAAAAUGUUAAAGAAUUUCUUUGCUUCGGUUAGGCUGGUCUGUCUGGUCUUCCUCCCUUCCACCCCCGGGUUGUGUAGGGACCACAUGCAGCGUGUCUCUUCGUGCAGAACCGGCUGGCGGAGUGAGAGUCUGAAUCAGCCUGAAUCUAAAGAGCGUUUCUCAACUUUCUCGCCAUGGCUCCUGUCCAAACCUUGUUUCCUUCCUGGGGCCCCACCUACCCAUUGGUUUCCUACUCUUGUGCUUGAAGACACUACCCCCUUUCUCCCAUUCAUGAGAUUUUCACCUGUGGCUCCCUUGGAAUAUCCCAGGGCCCCUAAGGCUCCCUGUUGGGAAGCAUGACUAAGGGCAGCUCUUGUAGCACCUUGAGUACUUGAAGUCAAAUGCUCAGCUCUCUCUUGGGCUUUGGGUCGGACACUGACUUGGGGCUGCCUUUUCAAAGGACGAUUGAGGCCUAGCUACAUGCCCUUAGUC